AUGAUUGAUGAAAUGUUUAUUGAUAUAGCAGUAAACCCAACACAUUUUACUUUUGAAAAUGGAGAUCUUGAUUAUGAUUUAAUAGAUUUUAUGGUUAAUAAGUCUAAAAAUAACGGUGUAUUACCAGUAUUUAUAGGAACUAAUGCAAAAAUAAGUGAACAAGUAAAAGUAUUGGCUGAUUAUUAUGAUUGCUACUGUUACGUAUGA